AUGCCCAAGGAGAGGCCGGCGCGACGUCCAGUCCCCCCGGUCAACCCCUACACGCCGAAACAGCAUCUGACGCAGCCGCCGUCAGAAUCUCCUCCGCCAUCCGCACAACCCUUGCCACCCCGCUCGUCAGCUUCCCCAGCAGAGCGCGCGCCCGAAAGCCAAGAUAUCCCACGCUCCGAUCGUCCCGCAGAACCCACGCGCCAGCACUUUGAUCCCUGGAACUCCUCUUCCACCGGCCACCAGCGCGCCGAAAAUCGUCUGGUUGGAAGCACCUCUUGGCGCGAAUCCCGCAAUGCGAAGCUUGCGGCACAGUUCGCCGGCGGCGCAGGCGGUGGAGUGAGGCUUGCCGACACUGUAGGGGCCGGUAGUGUGGACUUUGGUCACGAUGGCCGCAAGGCCAACGGAGGAUGGGAGAGGGGCGCUUCGGGACUAAGAGGCAAAGGGCAGUUAGCUAUAUGGGAGUCUAUGGGGGCCGCGGCGACGAAGAGGAAAGCCGUGGAUGCUGGUGACUGCCAUCGUGGCCAAGCAACACGCGGCAAAGGCACAGACGAGACAAGCUUUGCAAGUGACGAGGGCCGCGCCGAAGUGGCCGAGGCUUGUACAGGGGAAGCUGCAGGGAAACGCCACGACAAUCCUGAGGGAAGUUCCGUUGAUGUGGAGAAUGCGGAGGAGGUACUGCCAACCUUGAAGCAGAUCUUCCGCGGUCUUUGCUUUUAUAUCAAUGGUUCGACGGCGCCGACAAUUUCAGAUCACAAGCUGAAGCAGCUGCUCGCAAUGCAUGGUGCAAGCACUUCAAUCGCCUUGGGCCGCCGCACCGUAACGCAUGUGAUACUCGGCCGCAGUGGUGAUGGUGGUGCUGGCGGUGGUCUUGCCGGCGGGAAGCUGCAGAAGGAGAUAGCUCGCGUGGGUGGGAAAGGGCUCAGAUACGUCGGCGUAGAAUGGGUGGUUGAGAGCGUACGGGCAGGUAAGCGGCUGCCAGAAGCAGGCUUCUCGAAUUUGAAGAUUGUAUCAGCGGGCCAGAGGAGUGUCUAUGGCAUGUUCAAGCGCGGGGAGUGUGAGGACUCGGAGAAGGCAUGA